GGAUCGACGACGCACGUUUCAUAACAGUCCCGUGCGGUCCUUGGCUCCGUUAACACAGUCUGCGUUUUAUUGCGGGACGACAAUUUUUUUUUCCUGGACCCCGAGUCAUCCUCCGAAAGAAGGAUCGCUCUGAAAAAAAGCCGCGUCGUGAAAAGCUUCCGUUGAUUCGCUUCUCUGUCAACGACCUAACAUGUUCACGACUGCCGUAAGAACUGUCGCUCGUCGUUCGUUCUCCACAUCAAGAUGGGCAGCAGCGCAGCAGAUGACGGUACGAGAUGCUUUGAACUCAGCCCUGGAUGAGGAGAUGGAGAAGGACGAAAAGGUGUUUCUUCUUGGUGAAGAGGUGGCUCUCUAUGAUGGUGCUUACAAGGUUUCUCGGGGUCUUUAAAAGUAUGGAGACAAACGUGUCAUCGACACGCCAAUUACAGAAGCUGGUUUCACUGGUAUUGCUGUUGGAGCAGCUAUGGCCGGCCUGCGACCAGUCUGUGAAUUCAUGACAUUUAAUUUUUCUAUGCAAGCAAUCGAUCACAUUAUCAACUCUGCUGCCAAGACAUUUUAUAUGUCUGCAGGCAGAAUCAAUGUGCCAAUUGUGUUUCGUGGUCCCAAUGGUGCAGCUGCAGGUGUAGCGGCACAACAUUCGCAGUGUUUUGGUGCCUGGUAUAGUCAUUGUCCCGGUUUGAAAGUAGUAUCACCCUAUAAUAGCGAAGAUGCUAAGGGUUUGUUGAAAGCAGCCAUUCGAGAUCCAGAUCCAGUAGUAGUGCUCGAGAAUGAAAUAUUAUAUGGUGUACAAUAUCCUAUGUCUGACGAGGCUUUAUCCAAGGACUUUGUUUUACCCAUUGGUAAGGCUAAAAUAGAACGGGUGGGCAAUCAUGUAACGAUGGUAGCACAUUCCAAAGCUGUUGAAGAAUCUCUCGAAGCAGCCAACGAACUUGCUGGAAAGGGAAUCGAGGCUGAGGUCAUUAAUUUACGUUCCCUUAGACCGUUGGACAUGGAUACUAUCAUACAAUCUGUGGUAAAGACGAAACAUCUGUUGACAGUCGAGCAAGGUUGGCCGCAGUGUGGUAUCGGUGCAGAAAUCAGCGCAAGGAUUGCUGAAAGUGAAGCUUUUUAUCAUCUCGAUGCACCUGUGAUUCGCAUUACGGGAGUUGACACGCCUAUGCCAUAUGCUAAAUCACUGGAAAUUGCGGCCUUGCCACAGAUUAGAGACAUAGUGAACGCAGUUAACAAAAUGUUAGGAAUCACACAGUAGUCCAUGGUACACGAAUACUUAGGUAAAAUUAUAUUUCUACAGUUUCCCUUCAUCAGUUUUCCUAUCCUCGAAGAUUCGUCCAAACAUUGAUAGUAAAAUAAAUAACUGACAGAAGAAUAAAUAACUGACAGUAAGUACAAAAACUCCGUUCAUUAAAAAUGAUAUUCUGUCGCUGUUAGCCAGAAUA